UUGGGUAUUUUCAAGUUUUUCCACUUAAUCAUGCUUUUCCUAUAUUGGUUUGCAUUUUUUCAGAAUAUUUUCAAGUUCAAUUGAAUUGAAUUUUUUUUUCUAACACAUCGAUUCAUCAAAUAUAUGUCGUGUUAUAUAAUUUUUUCUUUCGUUUGUUUCUUUUACAUGUUUAGAAAUGGCAGACAAACAUCAGAUGAACGCUGAAAACAAGGCAAUGUCGAUUCUACUCGAAACAAGUGCAAUGCAAAGUAAUCACAUCGACGAAAGAACUGAAGCUGAAUUUUUGAUUCAGAAGUUGGCAGUAGUUCGUGGCGAAUACGAAAACAGAUGUUUGAGUAUGGCCGAUGAACUGGAUGAAAUGAAUGCCAAGCCUGAAGUCAUGGCCAAAUGUGACGAUUCACACAUCGAAAGUGUGUCUAAUCUUAAUGCUGAGAAGGACGCCCGCGACCGCAACAUUCAAGCACUGAAAGAUUUCUUGGGAUCAAUUCGUGAUCAAAUCAACAAAUUCUUCGCUCAAAUCGAACAACACGGUCGGAAUGCUGGUGAACAGCCCGUGGUGAAUGUCGUUGUUACGGACGAAAAUAAAACUGAAAAUAGUUUAUCCGAAGCGGACAAUAAUGAAGUGCCAGUUAGUCUAUCAAUAAGCUUACCAUUAACAUAUAGCCUACAGUUAUGCUAUCCACUCUCAUUUAUACUACUCAUUCACGCUAUCCACUUUCACUCUUUUCAUACAUUCACUCAAUACAUUCUUACACUCUAAUUGUUACCAAGAGCUUACGAUAUACAUCGUACGCACGCUAAGUUAAGUUGAGUUGUAGUUAGGCAGUCAAAGCGAUCAGUUGUGCAAAUCAUAAUCAAUAAAUACAUUAAAACGCUGUA